AACAACACUUAACACUACUUCACCCAACCACCACUCAAUCAACAAUGUCUGGACGCGGAAAAGGCGGAAAGGGUCUUGGCAAGGGCGGCGCGAAGCGUCACCGCAAGAUUCUCCGUGAUAACAUUCAGGGUAUUACCAAGCCUGCCAUUCGUCGCCUUGCCCGUCGUGGUGGUGUAAAACGUAUUUCCGGUCUCAUCUACGAAGAGACCCGUGGUGUUCUCAAGGUCUUCCUCGAGAACGUCAUCCGCGACUCUGUCACCUACACAGAACACGCCAAGCGCAAGACCGUCACUGCACUCGAUGUUGUCUACGCACUCAAGCGCUCAGGGCGUACCCUCUACGGUUUCGGCGCAUGAUAUUUUACCCAUCCACUUCAUCGCUCGAUACCUUGCCUCAUCUCUUUGCAUUUCUGUUGUCUCGUGCAGAUGUAUUUCUUUUGUAUUAUUAACGCAUAAUUAUCAUAUCCACGGGAUAAAAACUUGACUUCAC